AUGUCGGGAAGAAAGGCGUACGCCCGAGCCGCUCCAGAUGUAACCCCUGGACACGGGCCCGAGCCCGAGAUCACUUUCCCGACCGAGGUGUCCGAGCGACCCGAACACGACGACGCCCUUGUGAUAUCGGCUAGGGUGGCCAACGUGCAGGUGAGAAGAAUCAUGGUCGACACUAGGAGCUCGGCCGAUAUACUUUACUUCAACGCCUUCCAGAAGCUCGGCUUGGCUAGGGAGAAUAUGAGGCUGAUGUGCUCAGCGCUCACCGGGUUCACAGGAGACUCGAUAUCACCCCUAGGGGCUAUUACUCUGCCCUUGACCCUAGGGACCCCAUCGAGGUUGAAGACGGUGAUGACCACUUUUUUGGUGGUCGACCUUCCCACUGCUUACAAUGCCAUACUCGGUCGGCCCACCCUCAACAAGGUCAGAGCCGUCGUCUCAACCUACUACUAA